CCAAAAAAAGCCUGCAGAUACAGCAUAAGGGAUAUUAUGCUAGGGCUUAUACCAGCCAUUAGUUCUGAUUACUGGGGAGCUUUUGAGGUGCAAAAUGGCCGUGAUGAUUGGAAUCGCUUUCAGAGUUUCUUGGCUUUGUUGCCUGCUAAUUGGCGUGAUAACCUGUUCUACAUCAAGCUGGCAUUUUACUUUUUCUUUAUCUAACCUAGGUGAUGGGUAUCCUGCACCAGGUUCUGAUGCAGCAUGGCUCUAUACAGGCCCACUUAAGUCUAAAGGAUAUGGUAAUUACAACUCCAACAGCUCAAUUGCAAGCGCAGCUGACCGAAGAGCAACAGAAACAUCUGGCAGCCAUUCUGCAAAAGCAACUGGCCCCCAUGCCCCAGGCACCUCAGAAAAUGUGGUAUCCAACUCAAAUGCCCCAGAAGCAACCAGUUACUGAACUUCAGCAUCAGAAGGAACACGCCUCCAUACCCCAGCUACCUCAGCAAGUGUGGUAUCCAGUUCAAAUUCCUCAGCAGCAAAAGCAACCAGCUACUGGUCCUCAGCAGCAGACGGAACUGACCACCAUGCCCCAGAAGCAACCGGCUCCAAUGCCUAUACCGCAGAAACAACCAACAGCUAUGCCCCAGAAAGCAUGGUAUCCAGCUCAAAUUCAGCAGAAGCAACCGGCCACCAUGCACCAGCAAGUGUGGCAUCCAGCUCAAUUGCCCCAGCAGCAAAAGCAACCGGCUACUGAACCUCGGCAGCAGAAGGAACCGGCCUCCAUAACCCAGCAACCUCAGCAAGUGUUGCAUCCAGCUCAAAUGCUGCUGAAGCAACUGACUGCCAUGCCCCAGCAAGUGUGGUAUCCAGCUAAGCCCCAGAAGCAACUGGCCGCUGAUCCUCAGGAGCAGAUUGAACUGAACGCCAUGCCCCAGCAACCUCAGCAAGUGUGGUAUCCAGCUCAAAUGCCCCAGAAGCAACCAACCGCUGAACCUCAGUGGCAUCCAGCCAAAUUUCCCCAGGAGCAACCCGUCCAAAUGCGUCAACUGCAGAAGGAACUGACCGCCAUUCCACCACAACUGUGGCAAUCCGCUCAAAUUCCCCAGCAGCAUAAGCAACCGGCUGCCAAGCUUCAGCAAUUGUGGCAACUGGCCCCCAUUCCCCAGCAGCCUCAUGACGUGUGGUAUCCAGCUAAAAUGGUCCAGAAGCAACAAGCAGCUGCAACUCAGCAGCAGAAGGAACUGACCACCAUGCCUCAAGAGUGGUAUCCAGCUCAAUUUCCCCAGCAGCAGAAGCAGCCAGCCCUAAUGCUUUUACCGCAGAAGGAACUGACCGCCAUACACCAGCAACCUCAGCAAGUGUGGCAUCCAAUGCACAUUCCCCAGCAGCAACAGGAACUGGCCACCAUACCCCAGCAAGUGAGGUAUCCAGCUCAAAUGCCCCAGAAGCAUCUGGCCUCCAUGCCUCUACCACAGAAGCAACCGACCGCCAUGCCCCAGCAAGAGUGGCAUCCAGCUCAAAUGCCCCAGCAGCAGAAACAACUGGCCCCAAUGCCUCAACCACAGAAGCAACAGGCCACCAUGCCCCCGCAAGUAUGGCAUCCAGCUCAAAUGCCUCAGCAGCAAAAGCAACCAGCUACUGAACCUCAGCAGCAAAUUGAACCGACCGCCAUGCCCCAGCCACCUCAGCAAUUGUGGCAUCCAGAUCAAUUUCUCCAGGAGCAGAAGCAACCAUUCACUAUGCAUCUACCGCAGAACGAACUGACCGCCAAUCCACCACAACUGUGGCAAUCCGCUCAAGUGCCCCAGCAGCAUAAGCAACCGGCUGCCAUGCUUCAGCAAGUGUGGCAUCGGGCACAGAAGCAACCGGCCCCUAUGCCCCAGCAGCCUCACGACGUGUGGUAUCCAGCUAAAAUGGUCCAGAAGCAAGUCGCUGCGGUGACCGCCAUGCCGCAUACGCAUCAGCAAGUAUGGCAUCCAGCUGAAUUUCCCCAGCAGCAGAAGCAACCGGCCUCAAUGCCUCUACCGCAGGAGCAACCGACCGCCGUACCCCAGCAAGUGUGGUAUCCAGCUCAAAUGUCCCAGCAGCGGAAGCAACACACUGCCAUGCCACAGCACCAACUGACCCCCAUGCCUCAGCAAUUAUGGCAUGUAGCUCAAAUGCCCCAGAAGCAACUGGCCCCAAUGUCUCAGCAGAAUCACUACGAAAGCACUGAUGAUGGUGCCUCUAGUAGCACUCAGGCCAGCAUCGUUGAACAGUCGGGUGUCAUCCCAAUCUAUUCCUACAGUUCCAAAUCGCACUACGGGAAUGGCAGGACUGUAUUCUCCCUAACCCGCUACACUCCUAGGGACGCUAUGCCUGUUGACAGUGGAAAUGCUCCCAAGGACAGUUUUGUUCGUACUGGUGCACCAAGCGUAUAUCCAUCACUAGUGAAGGAUUCUGCAAGGAAAAUGUAAUGGAUUCAUCCUCUAGAAGCUAAUGGAAGUAUCUGGUGCUCUUGCUACUCUAGCGUGAGGGAGUACAUGAACAGUGCUACUUUCAAAAAUGUCUCUGUGAAAUAAUGGUUCUCAUGUCCAUUGCUUGCUAAUUGAGAACAGGUGGUGUGCAGUCUGUAGUAAAAAUGACUGCCCAGUUAAUUCUUUGUUUUUCUAGUCUUUUACCUUUGCUACUGGCUGUUCAAAAUAAAAGCUUGGGUCUACAUUU